AUGAAACGCGUUUUAAUUUUUCUCCUACCCCUACUCGCAUUGACGUACGCUCACGGAAGAAGCUCUGAUAUAACCUCACACAUUCACCAACGAACAAAAAAUGCAUCAGCCACAGAGAUUUUUUCCCCCAAAACAACAGACCAGGAAUGCAUAAAAUGCCUACCCGAUAAUUUUUGUGAAUGUGAAUGCAGCUGUAAAAACAAAACGGGUUUUUCCAUGAAGUAUAGGCACGCAAGUAAGGGAUCCAAACUACAGAGAUAUAAUCUACUUACGAGUAAGAAGAAUACCAGCUCAGGACAAUCUACCGAUAUGCACACUAAAAGUGCCAUGUCUGGUGUACGUACGGAAGGCCCCCCUCAACAAGGAACCAACACGGGGGACGGAACGUCACAAGGAACUAACACCCAGGAUGAUAAAAUAACCGAAUGCUUCUCCUCCUGUAACAGUGUCACGGGUAUCCAAACCGAGGAAUGCAGCUGCUCCUGUUACUGUUAA